GUCCCGUUUAGGUAAUGUAUUUGCCUGUAACACAGUAAUAAACUCUGAGGUUGUGAGGGAAUACAUACAAAUAUAUUAUAGACCAAUACACUAUGUAAAUGAUGGGAUGGAGUAAACCUGAAGGUUGUGUGGCCUGUCAAUGUUGUAGAACGAAAGAAAAUAAACAACUAUGUUGUCAAUUUAAAAAAAAGAUAUGAGAAAUAUACCUAUAUUACCCUCCAUCAGUCUGAUAAUGUCAUCCCUGUAGAUUUAGAAAACACUGGGAGAAGGAGGCAUUCCCAUGCUGUUUAACAACAUUGCGAUGGUCAGUGAGCUUCAUAAAUAUUCAGUGUUCGCAGCGCAUCCCCGUGCUGCACCUUUGAAUCGAUUCGAGCGGGUUGUUUAACGUUUACUCUGUUGCUUUUCUACUAAACCCGGGAUAAGACGCACACCCACCUGGUUAUGUAAUUCAGACCGAAUAACCGGACUAUUGCGGUUGGUGGUUGUAUUUAAAUGAGAAUAAAGCUGAGCUGCAGGACAAGUGAUCACAAUGUGGAAGGUUGUGGAGCUGACCCUCUUCAUGGUGGCCCUGAUGCACUCGGCCAGGUGCCAGGGCAGGACGAAGAAGGGCCAGAGAGACGACAACCAAGUCAUCCAAAAUAAAGGCAAAAUUUUGAUCUGCCCGGUGGAGAUCAUGUUCAUUGUGGACAGCUCAGAGAAAGCCAAGGUUCUGCUGUUCGAGAAGCAGAAAGACUUUGUCCUGCGUUUCAGUACUCGUCUCAUGCAGGUCCAGGCAGCAGGCUGGAGGCUGAGGUUGCGGCUGGCUGUGAUACAGUACAGCAGCUCCGUGUCUCUGGAGCACAACUUCCGAGACUGGCAGGAUGUGGACGUGUUCCAGAGCCGGGUGGCAUCAAUGACCUACAUCGGACACGGAACCUACUCAGCCUAUGCUGUCACCAACAGCACACAGGUGUUUAGCCGUGAGACAGCGGCCAACAGCCUGAGGGUGGCGCUGUUGAUGACCGACGGCGUGGAUCAUCCCCGCAGCCCCAGUGCUGUUACCGCCGCGGCCGAGGCCAAAAACCACAACAUCCGCCUAUUCACAAUCGGUCUAUCGGGCCUACCUAGGGACGGGCCAGCCAAUGCCAGGCUGCGUUCCAUCGCCAGCGCACCGCCACACCAGCAUGUCUUCAGCCUCACAGACAGACUGCUGGAGGAUAAACUCUUCCGAGAGCUGAGCAAGAUUGUAAACACAGGGUGCCCGCAGCCAAAGUCCUGUCUUUGUGAUAAAGGAGAGAGAGGUCCGCCUGGAAUCCCAGGGAAAACAGGCCAGCCAGGAGCGAACAGUCCUCCGGGUCCUAAAGGAUAUCGUGGGGAACCUGGUGUGAACGGAAGGCCUGGGAUUGAGGGUAUAGAGGGCCGGCCUGGCAGUAGAGGGGAAAAGGGGGAAAGAGGCGAGUGCGGUGCCCCUGGGAUAAAAGGAGAUCAAGGACCAGAAGGACCUCCAGGCCCGCGGGGGACCAGAGGAGAGCAGGGUCCAAGUGGAGGUCCUGGAGACCAGGGCCCCGAGGGACCCGCUGGAUCCAAAGGUGACCGUGGACUUGUUGGGGUGACAGGACCACCAGGGGACACUGGCGUCGGCUUUCCUGGACCUAAGGGUGAUAAGGGAAAUCAGGGAAGUCCUGGAUCCAGCGGUCCCAUGGGCAUGGGUGAACCUGGACUGCCGGGUCCGAUCGGCGCUCCAGGGGUUCAGGGAACACAGGGGUUCCCAGGAGAGGGUGUACCAGGGCCUAAGGGUGACAGGGGUUAUGAAGGUCCUAAGGGGAUCCGAGGUACCCCAGGUUCAGGGAUCAAAGGUGACAAGGGAAACACAGGAGACCCGGGGUUGCCAGGACUGGUGGGAUUUCCAGGCGCAGGCAUCCAAGGGGAAAAGGGUGACCCUGGUCUACCGGGCCCUUCUGGCCCUCGAGGGCCACCAGGGCUAGGCAUAGUUGGCCCAAAGGGUGACCAGGGCUUCCCAGGGGAGCACGGACCACAGGGUGAGAGAGGGUUGGGCGAGCCAGGAGCCAAGGGGGAACCGGGCCCUGACGGAUCCUCUGGAAUACCUGGGAUACCUGGAGAAGAUGGAGCGGUUGGACCUAAGGGUGAGAUGGGUUCCCUAGGACUGCGAGGAACUGAAGGCGCGCCAGGGAAAGGGUUUCCUGGAGAGAAGGGUGACCGAGGUGACCGGGGACUUAGGGGACUGCCGGGAUCACCGGGAUUAGCUGGACCGGCAGGAGCCAAGGGGGAGCCGGGUAGCUUCGGAAUGAUGGGUGUUCCAGGGCCUCCUGGACGGGGACUGCCGGGGUCAAAGGGGGACGCUGGACCAGUUGGUCAGCCUGGACCAGUAGGAGAGCCUGGAGUUGGAAUAUCAGGACCUAAGGGCGAGAGGGGCAACCCUGGACCUGUGGGCCCUCCAGGGGUGAAAGGAGACAGCCAACCGGGACCCCAGGGCCUCCCAGGGUUGCCAGGACAACAAGGAGAGAUGGGAGUGGAAGGAAAAGGAUUACCUGGCCCUAAGGGUGACAGAGGCUCAUCCGGGCCUCCAGGGCAAACAGGACAACCUGGCAUUGGUGGGCUGGGACUGAAGGGCCCUGUCGGCCAGCCGGGCCCACCUGGACCGCCGGGUAUCCCAGGAGAAGGCAUCCAGGGCCCGAAGGGGGAAUCGGGGUUCCAGGGUCCAGUGGGCCCCCGUGGGCCUCCAGGGGAUGGCUUUCCUGGAGAAAAGGGAGAAAGAGGGAUUGUCGGAGACCGUGGAAAGAAAGGAGACAAAGGAGACUUCGGGGAGCCGGGAUCUUCGGGGCUCAUGGGGCCAUCUGGUGGGAAGGGGGAACCUGGCUUGACAAAAGAGGAGGUCAUCAGAAUAAUCCGGGAAAUAUGUGGCUGUGGUCUUAAAUGCAGAGAGAGUCCUCUGGAGCUGGUGUUUGUGAUCGACAGCUCAGAGAGCGUUGGACCGGAAAACUUCGAAGUGGUCAAGGAUUUCGUGAACGCCCUGAUCGACCGCGUGUCCGUGAGCCGUGAGGCCAGCCGAGUCGGUGUGGUCCUUUACAGUCACGUGGACGUGGUGGUGGUCAGCCUCAAACAGCAGUCCAGCCAGAACAACAUCAAGGCCGCAGUGAGGAACAUGCCGUACCUGGGUGAGGGCACAUUCACGGGUAGCGCCAUCCAGACGGCCAACCAGCUGUUCCAGGCCGCGCGGCCUGGAGUUCGCAAAGUCGCUGUGGUAAUAACCGACGGGCAGACGGACCGGCGCGAUGCCAUACAGCCCGAGGAGGCCGCCAGGGAGGCCCACGCCGCGGGCACUGAGGUGUUCGUCAUUGGCGUGGUGAAUAAGAAAGACCCGAUGUACGCUGAGUUCCAGGCCGAGAUGACAGCUGUGGCCUCCGACCCCGAUGAGGAGCAUCUGUACCUGAUCGAUGACUUCAUGAUGCUGCCCAGCCUGGAGAGUAAACUGCUUAACCAGAUCUGUGAGCGUGAUGACGGGACCCUCUUCAUCCCCAACUUCCUCGGCCCACCGGCCUAUGGAAAGACUGCCUCCACACCUUUAACCACGCCCCCUCCCGUUGUUAAUAGAAAGGUUUCGGGCAGACCCGACUCUGAGGACGAAUAUAAAAGACCUGGACCGAUGACAUCUGCCACUGAGUCCACUCCCACCUCACAGAGCCCUGAACCCCCUGGCUUCAGCGAGAAUGAAAUUGACUCCAGAAAGACAGCGUUGGUAUUUGAAGUACCCCUGAACAAAUUCCCAGACGUCAUAGCAGCAAAAUCUGGGGGGCAAGAGGGGAAGCAGCGAACCCCUGUUAUUUCUAUGGUGGGACCCCAGACCCCCAGAAAUCGUCUCUACGCCCCUGAGACCACCCAGCCUCCUCCCCCCCAGACGAAGCCAUCCCCACCCCAACGGCCAGAUGUAUUUGUACCAGUGGCGGGCUGCAGGCAGCCAUUGGAUCAGGGUCCAUGUCGGCAGUAUGUGGUCAGGUGGUACUACGACCCAGAAGCCAACGCUUGCGCCCAAUUCUGGUAUGGAGGUUGCCAGGGAAAUGGGAACCAGUUUAAAUCAGAGGCCCAGUGCAAGAGCUCCUGCGUUCGUACAUGAGAAGGUCGCUUUGUACAGAGACAAAACGGCUGCGUACAAAGCCAGCACAUUCACUGAUGAUGAUGUCAGAGGACACUGAGGGCAUAGGCUCCUGUCUAUCGCCACGUCACAAUUCUGCUGAGGAUGUGGAUUGUGUAGCCAAAUUGCUGUACCUCCACAAAGGGUGAAGAAUAUGGACAGUGCCAAGUAUUGCUCACAGUUUGACCAAAGUUCAGGCAAAUGACAGCACUACUACACUGAAGCGCUAUGCAAGAGCAGAAAGGACCGCUGCGCAGACUCUAUUUUACUGUUAUCUUCUUUCAAUCUCCGUGAAGUACAACCCCAUUCCCAAAAAAGUUGGGAUGCUGCUUAAAAUGCUAAUAAAAACAGAAUGCAAUGAUGUGCAAA